UAUCUGGUGCAGAUUACUCUUCUUGGAGAAAUAGAUUUUAAUCCACUCAGAAAUGUAACAGGCAGGCGCCUCUUUAGAGACCUGCAGUGCAUUCUGAAAGGACUGAAGGCAAGCUGCCAGCAGAGCUCCCGUGAGUAGGCAGUUGCAGUGGUGCAGAAUGGCUGACCUCAGUCUUGCAGAUGCAUUAACAGAACCACCCCCAGAAAUCGAGGGAGAGAUUAAACGGGACUUUAUCGCCACUCUGGAGGCAGAGGCCUAUGAUGAUGUCGUGGGAGAAACUGUUGGAAAAACAGACUACAUUCCUCUCCUGGAUGUUGAUGAGAAAACUGGGAAUUCCGAGUCAAAGAAGAAGCCAUGCCCAGAUACUAGCCAGGUUGAAGGUGCUCCAUCUCCUAGAGCAGCAGUGCUGGCCAACGGCGACCACGGGACGCAAGGGAACGACACUGCAGGGUCUCCAACUGCAUUUCUGGAAGAGAAAAUGGCCUUCCAGGGGUAUCAGAACAGCCAAAACUGGCCAGAAAACACAAACUUUUACUUUGAACCCGAGCAAGUGGUGAAUCCUAUCCAGACGGAUCCCUACAAGAUGCACCGCAGUGACGGCCUGGACGACCUGCUCUUCUUUCCCAGCGGAGCUCACGGCGCUUCGGCACUGACGCGGCAGAGUGACCCUCUGAGAGACAGAGACAGUCACGGUCACCUUCCUUGCGACACAUUGACUCCUGAAGCAGUUGUACCUCAGGACUGGCCUGUGGAAGCCCCGCACGGCCCCCAGGCGGGGGCCUUCAUUUCCCCAGAGGCCACACCACCUCUGCAACCCACAGCAGAGCCAGCCGGGGAGAGAGAAACGGCAUCAGAAGAGAGGGCAUCGACCAGAGCAUCGGGAACGAUGCUGGAACUGAAGGCUGCUGACAUGGCACCAUCUAGAGAAGCAGAGACGGCCCUGGCUCAGGACAUGGUGCCAGCCACAGAAACAGAGGUGGCACUGGCCACAAACGUGGCAUCACCUACCAAAGAAGAUGUGUCAUUUGCCAAGAACAUGGACUCACCCAUUGAGUCAGACGUGGCUGCAGUCAGGGACGUGGUACUGCCUAUAGAAGCAAAGGAAACCCCAGCCAAGGGUGCAGUGCUCCUCAGAGACACAGAGAGGGCACCACCCAUGGAAAUGGACGCGGCUCCAGCUGCAGGCGUGGUGUCACUCACAGAAAGGGAGAUGGCAUUGGCUAAGGACACUGCAUCACCCACAGCCAAGGAGUUGGCCUUGUCCUCGGGAACAGAGGUGGCCCCGGUCAAGGGCAUGGCUCCGCCCCCAGAAACAGAGGUGGCCCCGGGCAAGGACAUGGCUCCGCCCCCAGAAACAGAGGGCCUCGGGAUGGCUCCGCCCCCAGAAACAGAGGUGGCCCCGGUCAAGGGCAUGGCUCCGCCCCCAGAAACAGAGGUGGCCCCGGUCAAGGGCAUGGCUCCGCCCCCAGAAAUAGAGGUGGCCUCGGUCAAGGGCAUGGCUCCGCCCCCAGAAACAGAGGUGGUCCCGGUCAAGGGCAUGGCUCCACCCCCAGAAACAGAGGUGGUCCCGGUCAAGGGCGUGGCUCCGCCCCCAGAAACAGAGGUGACCCCGGGCAAGGAUGUGCCUCUGCUUCCAGAACCAGAGCCAUCCCUGGCUAAGGAUGUUGUACCACCUUCAGAAACAGAGGUGGCCCCAGUUCCGGCGAAGGACAUGGGAACUGUACGGACACCAGGAAAGCCAAGCGAGGGCCCGCAGUUUGCAUCUCUCCGGAACGAGGGGCCUUCAGCUGUGCCUGCUGCCGUGGCUUCCCCAGAGCCAGUCACAGCCGUUGGCCAAACGUCCGCUUUGCCACCAGACGAGGCAUCUGUGCCAGAGAAACUAGAGCAAAGACAGCCGCUCAGCCGUCAGCCUCCGGAGCCGCCUGCAGCGCCCUCAGGUACCCUUCCCACACCAGCCAAACAAGUGUGCAGACCCAGGGACCGCAGGGCCGCCCGGCCCCGGCCCGCCAGGGUCCCUCCUGAGCUGCUGGGAGGCUCUUCACCGAAGACUCUCGAUCCCGGGCUGGGCCCCUGCUCCGUGCUGGAGCCAGGCUGGGUCUCGGGCUCAGUUCCCUGUGGUGAGCCGGGGAGCCAAAGGAAAACCACUCCUGCUGCCUUCCCUGAGACACAGAGGGAGCCUGGCAGGCAGGCCUGGGAGGCAGAGAGCACAGCGAUGAUGAAGAAGAAAAAGAAGAGACCAAAGCAAAAGCGGUGCUCCCCACCCCGGGGCGGGGGGCCCUGGGGUGACGACAGUGCACGGGAGGCUGACGGCCGUCCCGUGGCAGCUGACCCACAGAAACCAGGCGUCCGCCCCAGCCAGCCUGCCACUGUGGGCGGACAGCAUGCACCGGCCUCCAGGGAAAGCCCGGAAGAGGAUGGUGGAGUUGACGCUGGGACAGCCAAACCGGCCGCCGAGAGCUUGGUCUCGGAAAGCCCCAGGGUUCCUUCCUGUCCUUGGGAAGAACCCCCUAAAGCCGCAGUGAAUUCUCAGCCCAAGCUGAGCAGAGAGGCAGAGGUCAAAGGUAACAAGUCAGAACCACAGAGCCAAGACAGGGAAUCUCUGCAGCAGGGUGGGUGCAAACCGCAGACUGCUCCCCACCUGGCGACCCCUCUCAGACCAGAGGGGUCCCUGCCGGAAGUCUCUGCACACAAAAUAGAAGCUCCCUGGGAGGUCAGAGCCCAGGAGGGUUGCUUUCCUGUCUCAGACCAAGAGGCUCCGGGGCCAGUUGUAAAACCCACAGCAGCAAAAGAGCUGCCUAAUCCGACACGCACUCUGACAGCAAAUAAUCCACUAGAAAGCAGCCUGAAAGAAGGGAGCGAUGGGAGGACAGUGCCCGCGCUGCAGACUGACAGGCCGGCAGAGUUCUCUGCAGCAGCUGAGGAUGCUAAGGCACCUCACAAGGAAGUGUUCCCCACGCAAGGACGAGAGAUGAGCAUCUUAGCUUCGGAGCAGCUGCCGCAGGGCAAGAUUCAGGUUCCUGGGCCGGGGAAUGAACCACCUAAGAGAACAGCCGGUGAGGGCAAGAGCAGGAAGGGCAGGGGGAGUUCUGGGAAAGUGAGAGCGAGUUCUGGGAAGGCAAAAGCAAGGGCUGAGCUGCCAGUCCUUCCCGACAGCCAGGGAGAGGGCAGAGCUGCCUGGGGGCCAAGUGCGCCAGCCCCUGAAGCAGAAGGAGCGCUGGCUGGGGAGGGGAGGGAGGAGCCAGGGCUGGAUUCUUCCCAGCAGCCGGGGGUCCGGGCUGCUCUCCCUGAGGCAGGGCUCGAGGGGGCGCCUGAGGAGACUGGCCCCAGUGUGGCCAGCACCUUGCAGAUGUUGACUCCUUUGGAAACUAGGUCAGGCAUGACUCAGACUCCCAGCACCACAGCAGACAGAAGAGCUGUGGCCAUAGAUCUGGGUGCCAGUAACCAGAGCAGAGAAGGAAAGUGUCCGUGGAUGGAUUGCGAGGCAGCUCCCAGGGUUUCUGAAAGGCCUAAAAAAAGAAGCAGUGAAGGCAAAAACAAAAAGUUUAAAAAUAAUUACUCUGCACAGCUCGCUAGGGUGGAGAGCAAGGAAGAAGUCCCCAGCCCACCUUCCAUAGGGAAGGAUGGAGGUGCUGGCACUCCCCAUCAGAACAAAGGCUUAGGACUCCCUUUCCCCGUCAGUCACGAGCCCUUGUUCUCACCGACAUCAGAUACACCCACAGUGGAGGUGGUUGACGGAAAGGCUAGAAAUAUUGAGGUUAAUUCUGAGCUCGGGGCUCUGGGUGGGAACAAAACAAGUACAGCCCAGGGUGCUGCGGUUAUUGAAGCAGCUGCCCAGGUGACAGCUGCGAGCGGCCAAGACCAAAGACAGGGGGCGGGGCUUGUCCCUUCAGUCCCGCCUGCAGAGCGUGAGACAGGUGCAGCCCAGGGGCCCACUGCAGUGAGGGACAGCCCCAGCAAAAGGAGUAAUGACGGGAGAAGCAAGAAGGUGAAAAAUAGCUUUUCUGAGAAGCACACUUUGGAGACUAAGACAGAUGCAACAGAAAGACAUGUUCCCAUGGAAGCCACAGGAGACCGCAGAAUUGAAGGCGUGGGCUAUGUGGAUGAAAACAAAAACAUUACAUUUACCCGCCCCCGAACACCAUCUGAGGCCACGAGUACGCCAGCCCCUCCAGAGGCUCUGCAUUCAGCAGCCUGUGAAAAACUGCCCACUCCUCAUCCUCAACUAGUAAAGGGAGGUGAAGCCUUUACAGGCAACUUGGCAGAGAGUAGGCAAGGGACAGCUCUGGCCCAGAUCUCCGAAUGGUCAGUGGUGGGUCAUUGCAGCAAAGAUGGCGUCCCAGAGCAGGAAAGAGCCACGGCCGCCUCUGCUGCCAGGCCCUGUGCAAGCCCAGGAGGAGGUGCCCUGACCCUCCCAGCAGCCACAGAAACAGGGCAGCGCCCUAGGGACUGCUGUCCUGAGCAUAAAGAGCAGCUUGCUGAGCCCAUGGAGAACGAAGCAGGGGUAGACGGAGGGCAUGUGGGGGGAGAAUCUGAGUCAGGGCCCAGGGGGGCAUCUAAGCGUCCAGCAGAGGAAAUCACAGAACCAGCCAAGGGCCCCCGUCCUGCAGUGCCCACAGCAGACCAGAGCCCACGACCUGAGCGUGGAGGCCCCGGGGUGCGAGCCGGUGGGAGUCCUGUUCCAGCAUCUCCAGUGAACAGAGAGGGAGAGGCUGGGGCGGGUUCUGCUUCCAGUCAUACUGCCGACUUCCCGGGAGACGGACCACAAAAGCCCCUUUGCUGUGAGGACCAGCAUGCUGAGGGCGGAGCGUCCAGGGGCCCCACUGGUUUGAAUAAGGAGAUGGAGAUGACUCUUUCAACUCCAAAAAGUGAACAGGAUAAACGGGAAGGAAGUAGCCUGGCUCCUAAAAUCACAGAAUCAGCGGAUGCUCCCUUGCCAGCACCAGCACUCCAGUCGGAUUUCUUCAAUGGCCAGCUUGGCGCUGCCCCCUCGAGUGCGGUAGAGAAGUUGGCAGUGACUGCCUGCCAGGGGCUUCCGCUCCCAGAACCUGAAGAAAAGGCCUCGGAGGCACCUGAGAAAAUGACAGAGAAACCUGAACCGAAGGCUCUGGGCGAAGGGAAGAAGGAGGAGAAAAGAGCGGCAGAGCCCCUGAAAGGCUACAUGAGACCCACCAAGUCCCGAGGACUCGCUCCACUUUCGCCGAAGCCUGCGGCAGUCCAGGAGCGCGGGAGACCCGAGCACGCCACGCCCAGCGGAACAGCCAAACCAGAAGGGCCAGCGGCUGCCAGCGUGACCGGAAAUGACAUCACUGCCCCUCCAAACAAGGAGCUCCCACCAAGCCCCGAGAAGAAAGCCAAGGUAGUUGCCGGAAUGCCUGUUGCAGAGACAAAGGUUCCCGAGAAGAAGGCCACGCCGUCCAAGCCAGCCUCUGCUCCGGCCUCCAGGCCCGGCUCCAGGAGCACCCAGGCCGCUCCAAAGGCCCCCGCGGCCGCCUCUGUUGCCUCGACUGGGCCGAGCAGCAGGAGCGCCCCCACGCCCCUGCCCAGGAGGCCUGCUGGCACCAAGACGGAGGGAAAGCCUGCAGACGCCAAGAAGGCAGUUACGAAGUCUGCACCAGCUGACUUGAGUCGCGCAAAGAGCACCUCCAGCAGCACCGCGAGGAAGACCGCCGCUGGCCCUGGGCCGGGCUCGCCAGCCGGUGCGGCUCCCAGUCGCGUCAAGCCCACCCCCGUGUCUCCCCGGGCCUCUGGGACUCUUGCCGUGGACAAGAAGCCCACUUCGGCCAGGCCCAGCUCCUUGGCCCCCAGACUGAGCCGCCCGGCGACCAGCGCUUCCACGCCUGAUCUGAAGAACGUCCGCGCCAAGGUCGGCUCCACGGAGAACAUCAGGCACCAGCCUGGUGGCGGCCGGGCCAAAGUAGAGGGAAGAACAGAGGCAGCAGCUGCAGCUCGAAAACCUGCCCCUCCCGCGGCCACUCAGCCUGCUGGGCCGGGUGCGAGCGCACAGAGGGCGCCUGCGGGGAAAGUCCAGAUAGUCUCCAAAAAAUUGAACUACAGCCAUGUUCAGUCCAAGUGUGGUUCCAAGGACAAUAUUAAGCAUGUCCCUGGAGGCGGUAAUGUUCAGAUUCAGAGCAAGAAGGUGGACAUCUCCAAGGUCUCCUCCAAGUGUGGGUCCAAGGCCAACAUCAAGCACAAGCCGGGUGGCGGAGAUGUCAAGAUUGAAAGUCAGAAGCUGAACUUCAAGGAGAAGGCCCAGGCCAAGGUGGGGUCCCUGGAGAACGUGGGCCACCUGCCCGCGGGCGGGGCCGUGAAGACUGAGGGCGGCGGCAGCGAGGCCCCUCCGAGCCCGGGCCCCCCCGCUGGGGAGGAGCUGGCUGUCCCUGAGGCUGCGCCCGAAGCUGGCGCCCCCACGUCAGUCAGUGUCCCCAGUGGCCUCACCGCCCUGGCGGGGGGUGGUGACCAAAGGGAGGCCCAGACCUUGGACGGCCAGAUCCCGGAGACAAGCAUCUAACGCUGACAUUCUGGUCUCGUCUCCGUCCCCUGUGUUGCCCUCUUGUCUCCCUCGUUCCCCUCUCCCGUCCCGCCUCCCGUGUCACUGCAGAUUGAGACCUACAGGCUGACGUUCCGGGCAAAUGCCAGGGCCCGCACCGACCACGGGGCCAGCAUUGUCUCUCGCCCCCCCCACUUCCUGGGUG